CCGUACCAUCUGCCCGUCACGAUCAACCUCACUCCCAACCACAUCUUGUACUCCUUCCGCUGACGUACUGGUCGAACGCGUUCCCGAUUGCGGAUCAUUAAGAACCUGGAUAGAGUUCUCGAAUCUAUGUCGUUUUUAUGAGGGGUGAGAAGCUAGAGCAGAUUCGCGAACCCUGUCAUGUCCCCGCCACGUUCCUCUCCGCGCAUGAUGUCCAAAUCAAAUCUCACGGGAACCCAGCAGUCAAAUAUUCUGGUUAUGGGCGCACACGGAUGUGCUGUCCCUUGGUGAUCUGUUUGAACAGCGGAGGGUGCAUAAAAGCCGUCUAAACAUAGGGUUCAUGAACUCACCCUCCGCACUCGUCUUUGAUCCCACACCUACCCAAUAAUCCCACUCUUCCUCCAGAGAACGCGGCCAUGACGAUCCUCCCCACGUUCUAUGCAUGGUCCCAAGAACACAUUCAGCGCGUUUUCGAGGCGAAGACAUCCGCAGAUUGCCUUCAAGCUCUGAACGACACGUUUUCGCAGAACGUCGAGCUGACGCUCAACGGUUCCCCAAUACCACGGACAUACCUGGAGUCUACCAUUAUGAGAAUGGUCGAGGCGUCAGGGUUUCGUCUGUCGGUCGAGUGGCUGAACGCAGUCGAAGUACCACGCGAUCAAUCGUACAGAAGCGGCGCACUCGGAGGAUACUACGUCAUCCGCAACCUCCGUAGACAGUCGCAAGAGUCGGCGACGCCCAUGCUAUAUGAGCGACAUAAGUCUAUCAAUGUCAUCAUCGACUCCGAAUCAUCGGAUCCAAGCAUCGACAGUCGUCGCAUCGUAAAAUUGGCUCUUGUAGCCACAGACAAACCUAUGCACAUAGAUAGUUAGACAUAGAAGCUCUCGCCACAGCGACGCCGGGACGUCACGUCGUAACUUAUUCCACACACACCCUAAACACUGUAUAAUCAGCUGUAGUUGUAUGUCCCCCAUCAUCAAUGCAUGUACCGUCACCUAC